AUGCUCCUUGCUGCUCAGUGCCACCUCGGUUCCAAGAACCUCCAGGUGCACAUGGAGCCCUACCUCUGGAAGACCCGUCCCGACGGUGUCAACGUCCUGAACAUUGGCAAGACCUGGGAGAAGAUCGUUCUGGCUGCCCGUAUCAUCGCCGCCAUCGACAACCCCGCCGAUGUCUGUGUCAUCUCCGCUCGUCCCUACGGCCAGCGUGCUGUCCUGAAGUUCGCCUCCCACACCGGUGCUACCGCCAUUGCCGGUCGCUUCACCCCCGGUAACUUCACCAACUACAUCACCCGCUCUUUCAAGGAGCCCCGCCUCAUCGUCGUGACCGACCCUCGCACCGACGCCCAGGCCAUCAAGGAGGCCAGCUACGUCAACAUCCCUGUCAUUGCCCUUUGCGACACUGACUCCCCCACCGAGUUCGUCGAUGUUGCCAUCCCCACCAACAACAAGGGUCGCCACGCCAUCGGUCUCGUCUGGUGGAUGCUCGCCCGUGAGAUCCUCCGUCUCCGCGGCACCCUGGCCACCCGUGAGACCGAGUGGGACACCGCUGUCGAUCUCUACUUCUACCGCGACCCCGAGGCUGAGGAGAACAAGGAGAUUGCUGAUGAGACCAAGGUCGCCAGCGCCGAUGAGGUUGGCCCCGCUGCCGUCGAGUCUGGCUUCGCUGGUGAGAACUGGGAUGCUUCCGCUCCCGGUGCUGGUAACCCCGGCACUGCCUUCGCUGCCGCUACCGCCGCUACCGGUGCUACCUCCUGGGAGGCCGAUGGUGCCGACUGGGCUGCCAGCUCCGCCCCCCAGGGUGGUGAGUGGGCCGCUGAGUCCCAGCCCGCCGCUGCCCCCGCCGCCGGCGAGUCCACCUGGUAA